AUGAGGAACCAAGCUGUAAGAGCUGCGGAAUCGAUAAUCCCAGCUUUGCCAAAGUUCCAUAUUACAACUCCGAUUUUUUAUCCUAAUGCAAAACCUCAUUUAGGUCAUCUUUAUUCAAGUUUGUUGUGUGAUGUUCAAUAUAGAUGGAAUAAAUUAUUGGGCAAAGAUUGUUGUUUUACUACUGGAACAGAUGAGCAUGGUCUCAAAAUACAAACAGCUGCGCAGCUGAAUGGUUACAAGGACCCAAAAAUGUUUGUGGACAAGUUGUAUACCCAUUUUAUUGAUAUGGAUCAGAAGGCCAAUAUCCAAUAUUCGAGAUUCAUUAGAACAACAGACCCAGAUCACAUUGAAAAUGUCAAAACUUUAUGGAAUAUUUGCUACGAGAAGGGAUAUAUCUAUAAAGGCAAUCAUGAGGGCUGGUACUCUGUUUCAGAUGAAACUUUCUAUCCUGAUUCAAAGGUUUUGAGAGUUAUGAAAAAUGGUGAAACCAUUCCAUUCGAUGGGAAGAUUGAUCCAAAUGCGGAAUACAUAAAUACAGAAUCCAGAAACCAAGUCACCUACCAAUCUGAAUUAAAUUACUAUUUCAAACUCUCUGCUUUCCAGAAACCGUUAAUUAAACUGCUGAGAUCCAAUCCCGGCUUUAUUCACCCUCCUUCAAGACAUUCCCAAAUUUUAAAGGAAUUAGAAUCUUAUGAUUUAAAAGACCUCUCCAUAUCGCGUCCAGAGACACGACUAAAAUGGGGAAUAUCUGUCCCUAAUGACGAGACACAAAAAAUAUACGUUUGGUUUGACGCUCUUUGUAAUUAUAUCUCCUCCAUAGGAGGUAUUAAAGCAGUUUUACAAAAUGGCGAAUCAUCACCCUGUAUGCACAAAGAUAGAAAUUCAAUUCAAUACGCAGGAUUAUUUUGGCGGAAUACCGAACAUCUUAUUGGAAAAGACAUUGCCAAAUUCCACACUAUAUAUUGGCCAGCGUUUUUAAUGGCUGCAGAAUUACCGCUACCAAAGAGAAUUGUAAUUCAUGGCCAUUGGCUUUCUGGUGGUGUAAAGAUGAGUAAGAGUCUCGGCAAUGUGGUUGAUCCAUUAGAAAUUAUAGAACACUAUGAAGCAGAUACCAUGAGAUGGUAUUUGUUAGAAAACUCUAGCAUCGAUAAUGACGGUAAUUUUAAUGAAAAGAACCUUUGGGAAACCAGAGAACAACUUUGCUCCAAGUUUGGUAAUUUGAUCAAUAGAUGUGGUGGUAAAAAAUUUAAUCUAAGAUCAGGUGUCAUCUCAUUCGCUAAUAAACCUGUUAAUUCUAUGUUAGAACAGCUUUCCAGCGAAACUAGAAGCGCUGCUUCUGCUCUUUUAGAAACUAUGGAGAAUGCCCCGGAGAGAAUUGAGGAAUGCUAUAAACAAUAUGACAUUAGUGGAGCUCAAAAAAUUAUCUGGAAUAUAGUCAAUGCUGCAAAUAGCUUUGUACAGAAUACAGAACCAUGGACCAAGAAGGAUAAUGAUGUGGAAAGAAGUGCCAUAAUUUAUACUGCCUUAGAUGCUGCUAGAGUUGCUACCAUACUUUCACAACCUAUAAUACCAACUAUAUCAGCAAACUUACUGGAUAGGCUUGAUGUAUCGAAUGAUAAAAAGACUUUACAAUAUGCCCAAUUCGGAGCAGAUGAUUCCUACGGCAAUCUCACAAAUAAAAGAUUCAAAGAAAUACCAAUUCAGAGAAUACCUUAUAGGUUAGUCACACCUAAUGAAUAA